GCCAGGCCAUUGUUUUCUGUCUCUACAGCGGAACUGGUCAGGGGGGAGAGAGAGAAAAGAUCCCAUAUCUGCUGCAAAACAUUUUUCCGUCUUUAGUCAGUCUCACGUGUAUGUCGUAUUGUCGUAAGGAGCAUGGCUGUUGGCAUUAGGACUCCUGCAUUGUUGCCAUGAGUGUACCACCACAGCUUGGUCAACAUCGUAUAUCUGGAUUUUUAGAUUCUUUUGCUUAUAUUUCGCAAGUAUGCUGCUGAUUUUUCUACUCAUGCUGACUUUUUGUAAUGCAGAACAUCAAACUUUGUGUACCUCCAACACCUGUUUCACUCUACACUUGAAUGGGCUUUCAUUUGAGGAGGCCUACAAGAACUGUGAUGACAAUGGCGGCUAUCUAGUGACGAUAAGAAGCAAAGAGGAGGAAGACACACUCCGGAUGGUUCUAUCACAAAUUUCACCACAGGAAAAGCCUUUUAAAAUCCGCAUUGGUCUGAAAGUGGAUAAAGGAAGUUGUGUGAUAUCCAACGCGCUACUGAAAGGAUUCAAAUGGGUUUCAGGUGCACAGGAUUCCCAGUAUUCAAAUUGGGGAAAGGAGCCACCAUCCACUUGUCAUGAAAGAUGUGUCCAUAUCCACUAUAACCCAGUGGGUGACAAUAACUUGAAAUGGUUUGAUAGCAGCUGCAAUAAAGUUUGGCCUUAUGUGUGCAAGUUUUACUUCAGAGGAAUGUGCACAGCUUUGACAAAUUUGGGACAUGGACAAAUAACCUACACUGUGCCAUUUUCAAGGGAAUCUCAAAGUUACCAGAUGCAGUCGCUGCCAGUUGGGACCUAUGCUGAUAUUACAUGUGAUGGCCAAGACCCUUUCUACUCUUUGUGCAGUAAAACACAUGAAAACAUUUAUGCGUGGACAAAACCUGGUCCUUUUUGCCAGAAGAACAGGAGUUGUGCUAUCAAAAAUGGCGGAUGUGAACACGUUUGCAAUCAGGAAGAAAAAGAAUUGAUUUGCUCAUGUAAUAACGAUUAUGAACUUAAUGAAGAUGGACUUUCUUGUAGGUUGAAAAACAUGUGCUUUGAAGACACCUGCCAGCAUCAGUGCAUCAUGGGAAAAAUGGGGUUCACCUGCCUGUGUCCGCAGGGGAUGGAACUAAGCUCGGAUCAGCGCACCUGCUUGGACAUUGAUGAAUGUGUUAACUCCAUAUGUGAACAGACCUGCUUGAAUAGCAUUGGGUCAUUUUCUUGUUUAUGCAGUAAUGGUUUUGACUUGUCUAAAGAUGGUUAUUCAUGUGAAGACAUUAAUGAAUGCUUGAAUGAUACUUGUGAAUUUGAAUGUGUUAACACCGAAGGGAGCUUUUUGUGUGCAUGUCCGAAUGGCUACCAAAUGGACCGCAAUGGAGUGUGCUUUGUCAUUGAUGUUUCUUCGGAAUCUCUUCCAGAAUCUCUUCCAGAAUCUCCAUCAGAGUCGUCAACUGUUUUGGAUGUCCAGGAAAAUUUUACUAAGUCUUUGAGCAACACAGUUGAACUACAACACGAAUCUCCACACACAAACGCACCAUCUCCAGACUUUAAUGAUACCCACCAUCGCAACCUAGUGGAUAAGUCUCUAGCCACAAGUCCAAGCAAAUCCACCAAUAACAGAGUAAUCAUCUGCGUUCUUGGGUCUGUCAUCCCGUUGGUGGUUCUCGUGGCUAUUACUGUGGGUAUUUUGGUUGUUAGAUGCAGUCAGGUCAAAAAAGAAGCCAAGAAGAAUACUACAGCAGAUGGUUACUGCUGGGUGUCCUCAGGUUUGGACCCUCGUUUGGAGAAACUGUAUGAGUCUAUCCCCACAGAUGACCUACUACUGCGUUACAACAUGGCCUAUCUGCACCGGCUCUCACUGACAUUGAAAGGAAUACCAAUGAGUUUUUGGCUGGCUUUGCUUUCUUUUGCCAUUGAGCAGACUGAUUGCUGUAGACCUCACUGCACUGGAAGCUAUUGUGUAACCGUCCACAGAGUCAAAGUGGAUUUUGAGUCAGCUGAUGAAAUUUGCCGGAGAAGCAAAGGGGAGCUGCUCUCACCUGUGCAAAAUGACGACAUCUUUUACACACUAGAUUAUGGAAGCUAUGGCAACUUCUGGAUUGGACUAAGUUUAUCAGACGGAACGUGCAGUAACCUUUCCGCUCCACUUAGAGGUUACAAGUGGAAUGGUCAGAGUUCAAAUGUUUCGUUCAACUUCUGGAAAGACAGUGCCCAAGUGUGCUCUCCACGCUGCGUGUCAACAUCCCACGACCUUGAGUGGACAGAAAGACUGUGCGUAGACGAAAUAGAUGGCUUUUUGUGCAGGACUGACCACGAGCAUGCAUGCCAAAUCCAAGAAUUAACAGAUUAUUUUAGAAGUGCUAGUGGUUGCUCAGACAGCCCUUGUGAGCAUUACUGUACCGUGGUGAAAGAUGGAUACAGAUGUUCUUGUUACGAAGGUUAUGCCCCAGACACCGAAGAUCCAAGAAGAUGCAAACUUCACUGCGCUAAAGAGAAAUGCCCCCCCGUGUGUGACAAAAUAGACAAUUCGGUUUGCUCCUGCCCUGAUGGAUAUAUAAAGAAUGAACAUGUAUGCGAGGACAUAGAUGAAUGUGAGAUGCGGCAGUGUGAGCAAAAGUGUAAAAACUCAUUUGGGAGUUUUAAAUGUUCUUGUUAUAAAGGAUUUAUUCUGAAAGAUCAAGUUAAAUGCAUGCCAACUACAGAAGACAGUGGAUAUGUGAACUUUACUACGGCAAUAGUUCCAGCCUUUGUCAAACCAGCGCUUAAAAACAGUACACUGAAGGGCUCCUCUCUGUCCACAGGAGGGUUUAUCUGGCUGUGGAUCUGCGUAGCCAUGCUAGUGAUUGUUUUUAUAUGUGUCGUCAGGUGGUAUGCCCUGAAGAGGCAGAAGAGGGCGCAGCAAAACUCCACACAACAAGCGACUGUCACUCAGGGGAUCAGUACUCAGUGUUAGAACUAUAAAGCCUAUUUUAUUAGAACGCAU